AUGCAGCCUGUCGAAGCCGGCUUGCUCCUCUUCGCUGCCACGGCCGUGGCUAACGUGUUCUGCCUGCCAUCAUUCGGCCUGUGGAUUGGAGCUGGCGUUGUCUUCGUGCACAUCUUUGACGGCAAGGUCUUACAAGGAUCUAUUGCAGGCACUGUUGCAGUCUUCAGCGGUGUCUCAGUCGGCGGGCUUACAUCGUUUGCGAUCGGCCGAACCCUAUUCCGGUCGUGUCUGGUCAGCAGGCUUCGCCACUUGGAAUGGGUCGAGGUGCUGGAUGAAAUCGUCGAGCAGGAAGGCUGGAAGUUCGUGCUUGUGGCCCGAAUGAGCCCGUUUCUACCUCUGGAGGCACUCAACUACGCGUGUUCGCUGACCUCUCUGAGCACCGCUGGAUUUGCGUUGGGAUGUUUGGGAUCCCUGCCUACCACAGCCUUCUGGGUUUGGACAGCUGCCUCUGCAGAAUCCCUGCGGAUGUCUGAAGAGACCGAUGGCAGCGUCACGGUCCAGGUGUACACCCGGUUCGAUUGGGCUGUGAUCAUCAGCAUCACAACCAUCAUGCUGUGCGUCCUGAUGAUGUUGCUCUGGUCUUCGAAGAAGAGGUACCAAGAGAUGCUGGAUCGUCGCAUCCCUGCGGUGGCUCUUCGCAGAGUUGCGCGCUCUGAGGAUCAGCUGGAUCCACCGCAAUCUGCCGGCGACUUGCCAGGUGGCCAGCGCGAGACUUACGAGCAUGAGAUGCACCGGCUGCGAGAGAGAUCAAAUCCUCGACACUGGCGUGGUCUCCUGAGUCCAAGCAGCUCGCCGGAAAGCUGA